GGCCGUGGGAGAAGGAGGGACCAGAGAGGAGAGGACUCCCGAUCCAGUUCGGCCGACUAAGCAGAAGAAAGAUAAAAAACGAGAAAGAGGGGACGGGCAAGCGGACACUUUCAAGAACAAUCCCCUCAUCUCCCGGCGGACAGCGCUCGAGGAAUCCAAACUCAGUGCCUCCCGAGGACAAAGGCGCCCCGAGGGAGUGGCAGCGCGACCCCAGGCUUGGGCCCGCCGCGGAGCCCGCCCGGCCGGCUCCCUGCACGGCUCCCGGCAGACCAUGUCUCCAGUCCCGCCACCCGCCGGCGGUCUGCUGCUGCCCCUGCUCACGCUCGGCACCGCGCUCGCCUCCCUCAGCUCCGCGCAAAGCAGCUUCAGCCCUGAAGCCUGGCUGCAGCAGUAUGGCUACCUGCCCCCUGGGGACCUACGUACCCACACACAGCGCUCACCCCAGUCGCUAUCAGCUGCCAUUGCUGCCAUGCAGAGGUUCUACGGUCUGCAAGUGACGGGCAAGGCUGAUGCAGACACCAUGAAAGCCAUGCGGCGCCCCCGCUGUGGUGUUCCAGACAAGUUUGGAACUGAGAUCAAGGCCAAUGUGCGAAGGAAGCGCUAUGCCAUCCAGGGCCUCAAAUGGCAGCACAAUGAGAUCACUUUCUGCAUCCAGAAUUACACCCCCAAGGUGGGCGAGUAUGCCACAUUCGAGGCCAUCCGCAAGGCUUUCCGUGUGUGGGAGAGCACCACACCACUGCGCUUCCGAGAGGUACCCUAUGCCUACAUCCGCGAGGGCCAUGAGAAGGAGGCCGACAUCAUGAUCUUCUUCGCUGAGGGCUUCCAUGGUGACAGCACACCUUUUGAUGGCGAGGGCGGCUUCCUGGCCCACGCCUACUUCCCAGGUCCCAACAUUGGAGGGGACACCCACUUUGACUCUGCUGAACCCUGGACUGUCCGGAAUGAGGAUCUGAAUGGGAAUGACAUCUUUCUGGUGGCUGUGCACGAACUGGGCCACGCCCUGGGCCUUGAGCAUUCCAGUGACCCCUCAGCCAUCAUGGCGCCCUUCUACCAGUGGAUGGACACAGAGAACUUCGUGCUGCCUGAUGAUGACCGCCGGGGCAUCCAGCAACUUUAUGGGAGUGAGGCAGGCUUCCCCACCAAGAUGCCUCCUCAACCCAGGACCACCUCCAGAUCCUCUGUCCCUGAUAAACCCAAAAACCCCACCUAUGGGCCCAACAUCUGUGAUGGGAACUUUGACACUGUGGCCAUGCUCCGUGGGGAGAUGUUUGUCUUCAAGGAGCGCUGGUUCUGGCGUGUGAGGGAUAACCAAGUGAUGGAUGGAUACCCAAUGCCCAUCGGCCAGUUCUGGCGGGGCCUGCCCGCUUCCAUCAACACGGCCUACGAGAGGAAGGAUGGCAAGUUUGUCUUCUUCAAAGGAGACAAGCACUGGGUGUUUGACGAAGCCACCUUGGAUCCUGGCUACCCCAAGCACAUUAAGGAGUUGGGCAGAGGACUGCCUACCGACAAGAUCGAUGCUGCUCUCUUUUGGAUGCCCAAUGGAAAGACCUAUUUCUUCCGAGGAAACAAGUAUUAUCGUUUCAACGAGGAGUUCAGGGCGGUGGACAGCGAGUACCCCAAAAACAUCAAGGUCUGGGAAGGAAUCCCUGAGUCUCCCAGAGGGUCAUUCAUGGGCAGCAAUGAAGGCUUCACCUACUUCUACAAGGGGAACAAGUACUGGAAAUUCAACAACCAGAAGCUGAAAGUCGAGCCGGGCUACCCCAAGUCAGCCUUGCGGGACUGGAUGGGCUGCCCCUCUGGGGGCAGGCCGGAUGAGGGGACUGAGGAAGAGACAGAGGUGAUCAUCAUCGAGGUGGACGAGGAGGGCAGCGGGGCCGUGAGCGCGGCUGCUGUGGUGCUGCCUGUGCUGCUGCUGCUCCUGGUGCUGGCGGUCGGCCUCGCCGUCUUCUUUUUCAGACGUCACGGGACCCCCAAGCGACUGCUCUAUUGCCAGCGUUCCCUGCUGGACAAAGUCUGACCCCCACCACUGGCCUGCCCACUCCUGCCACAAGGACUUCGCCUCUCAAGGCCAGAGGCAGCAGGUGGUGGUGGGUGGGCGCCUCCCACACCUCCCUGAGACCCCUCCUGCCCCUCACUCCCUCGUCCCUCCUCUGUCCCGUGACUGGCCUCUCCCACCUUCCACCCUGGCAUCGCUUCUUCCCUAGAUGGGUCCCCUGGGGUUCAAGAGGCUUCGCUCCUCCCAGCCCCUGCCCCUCGGGGGAACCCCGUAGCUUGGUGUGUGUCCACCCCCAUCUGAAUGUCUUGGCUCUGCACUUGAAGGCAGGACCUCCGACCUGGCUGGUAAAGGUCACAUGGGGUCAUCUGCUCCUUUUCCAUUCCGUGACAUACCUUUAACCUCUGAACUCUGACCUCAGGAGGCUCUGGGCACUUCAGCCCCUUCUAGUCCCCAAGUGUAGCCAAUGGGCAAUCUCCCACCACUCUUUGUGGCUAAAAGAAGUCUAGCCUUGCUGUGGGGGUGACCCGGGAGAGUAUGAGUGGGUGGGGGCUGCACGGCCACCCUAAGCCCUUGGGAGGAAAGCUCAGAGAGGGUCAGUCUUCUGCACAGAGACCUGCCUCUGCCUCCCUCCCGCCUCCCAUGGAAGGGGCCUGAGCCAUUGAAGACUAAACUGGGACUGCAGACACCUCUGUCAGCCCGACCCUCCCGGAUGGUAGCCAUGGACAGGGACAUCGAGAUUGGAAAUGCUGAGACCUGGGGGUACAGACACUGGGGAGUGAGGCCAAGUGGAGACUCCAUCCAGAGCCCUAGGCAUGAGCCAGAAGACCACACAAAGGAAGAACUUGGUUCAAAUGCAGAUGGCUGGAGCAGGGACCCUAAGGGCAGAGCAGCCAGAGGGGACAGGACAGGAUGGGACCAAAAGGAGAUGCAGCAGGUGUGGAUGGCUGGAGGCCGGGCAGGCCAGGAGGGAUGCCUUGGGUGGGCUGUGUACCCCCGGAGGACACAUUCUCUUGGGGCACUCAGGAGGGGCACACCUGCUCCUCAUUCAUUUCUUCUGACCAGACAGGUAAGAGGGAGGAUGUCCAGAGGAAGGAGUGGAGACGUCAUAUGUGGGGCUCAGCCCUUGAGAGUAGCCACCUAGUGAGGGGCAGCAGAGGCUGGCGGUGCUGUCUGGGCCUCAGCCAGGGGAGGCAAGUGCCUGGGUGUUAGGUUAGCCCCCCGUUUCCUGAUACCCUGCCUCUUAGCCCAUCCUACUGGUUUACUGACCCCUUCUCCCCCAUCCAGCCCACCCAUUUGGAAGUCUCCUUCAGCCACCAAAAGUGGUCAUGGUACUGGGGACUUGGGAGUGAGAGACCCUAUGGGAGAAGUGAGAGGAGAGGGAUGUGGGGGGCAAAGGGGGGUGGGAGAAAUGGGGUGAACGGUGCUGGCAGUUCGGCUAAAUUUGUCUUGUUUGGGGUUUUUUUUGUUUUGUUUAAUGUAUAUUUUUAUUAUAAUUAUUAUAUAUGAAUUCCCUUCAAAUUGUUCCUUUUUGUUAACAAGGGGCAUGGGGAGGGGUGGGGGUGGGGGGCAGAGGCAUGGACCCCAGGAACCUGCAGGGCGGGGCUGGGUCAGUGACCUCUAUGGACAGUUUUGACCUUGUUCAACCUUUCCACAAAGAAUAAACGGUGUUCACAUUC